AUGGCAAAUCAAAGCCACGUGACAGAAUUCGUCCUUCUGGGCAUUACAAAGAAUCCGGAGCUGAGGCGACUACUCUCUGCUGUGAUUCUGGUCAUGUAUGUGUCCACCGUCUUGGGAAACCUCCUCAUCAUGGUAACCAUGGUCACAAGUCAGAGUCUGAGAUCACCUAUGUAUGUUUUCUUAACCUCCUUGUCCCUUUUGGAUGUCGCUUUCUCUUCUGUCAUUGCCCCCAAGAUGAUUGUGGACUCCCUCUCUGGGAGCACUGUCAUCUCCCUGGAAGGCUGCAUGGCCCAGCUCUUCGCGGAGCACUUCUUCGGUGGCGUGGGGAUCAUCCUUCUCAUCGUGAUGGCCUAUGACCGCUACGUGGCCAUCUGUAAGCCCCUGCACUACAUGGUCAUCAUGAGGCCUUGGGUGUGCCACCUGUUGCUGGCAGGGGCCUGGGUGGGGGGGUUUAUUCAUGCAGCAAUACAGCUUGUCUUCAUGUAUCAGAUACCUUUCUGUGGUCGCAAUAUCAUAGACCACUUUAUAUGUGAUCUGUUUCCACUGUUGAACCUGGCCUGCACGGACACCCACCUCCUGGGCCUCUUAGUCAUCCUCAACAGUGGGGUGAUGUGUGUGGCCAUCUGCCUUAUCCUCAUCUCCUCCUACGUGGUCAUCCUCUGCUCCCUGAGGUCUUGCAGCUCUGAAGGGUGGCGGAAAGCCCUCUCCACCUGCGGCUCCCACCUCACAGUGGUUGUCAUGUUCUUUGUGCCGUGCACGUUCUUGUACGUGAGGCCUGUGGCCAUCUACCCCAUAGACAAGGCAAUGGCUGUGUCCGAUUCCAUCAUCACACCCAUGUUGAAUCCCCUGAUCUACACCCUGAGGAACACAGAGGUGAAAAAUGCCAUGAGGAAACUGUGGAUGAAACCAGGGAAUGUGGUUGGCAAGUGA